AUGGGUGGUCUCACCCAUGAGGUGCAUGCGAGCUGUUAUUGUUAUGAUGAUGAUGAUUAUUAUACGGCACAAGAAUCACCACUUUCCUCCGGCGAAGGUCUUGGAGGCAACUUGCAGCCAUCUACCACCUCCUUCGAACAAGCCCCGCUAUCUUCUGGCGAAGGUCCAGCCAGGAUCUUGGAGCCAUCCACUCCCGCCCCUGAGAUUUCUGUUGCUGACUUGCUGGACAACUUGCCACCACCUAAUGGUGUACCUGACAAUGCUGGUGAAGACCUGUUCCCAUAUGGGAACAAUGGGAGGAUAAAGGUUAAUGGCUUGGAAGAACCAGCUGACGAAGAUGUGGUGCCUGCCAUGAACUCGGAGAUAUUCACCGGAGCAAUUCCUCCGCCGGCUGGUCGGUCUUCGGCGCUCCGCUCUUCGGCGCCCGACAGUACUGUGCGCGAGAACGACACGGCAGUGGAGAAGGAGCUAAGAACAGGGAUAGACGUGUCAAUGGGCUUUUCUGAGAUUAAAACUGAUGACAAUAAGAGGGAGUGUGCCGCAGACAAGUGGUUUAAGGUUCCCCAUCUUGAGCAAUUCUACUGA